AGAAAUUUAAUAAUAAAUAACAAUAUUGGAAGAAAAUGAUAGAAAAGUACAUAAAAAUGACACUAAGGUAUUUAAAUGUGAAAUUCAUAAUAAAAUUUGUUUAAAUGAAGUUUUUAGAAAUAGAAAUGGAUUUGAUUGAGAUAAAAGGAGACAGAUAGAAUUGACUAAAAAGCAAAGAAAAUAGGAUAAUUAAAUGGAUUUAAAAAAAUUUAAAUAAUAAAUUAUUAAAAUAAUUAUGAGACAAGCCCAAACAAAGAAAUCGUUUUAUAUUUCUGAUUCUUCAUAUUACAUUUCUUUAGUAUGCAUAAUAACAUUUGAAAUAUACUCUCUUUAUAGAUUUUGGUUAAUAUGCAAAUCAAAUAAGAUAGAGGGAACAGAAGAAGGUAGAUUAAUAAAAUAAUGAUAGGAUUCUUUGGUAUAUUAAGAGAUCAUUCAGAUCCAUAAUGGGGAGAGUUUGCAGGACAUUUAAGUGAAUUAAUGAUAUUUCAAUUAAUAUUUUUAUUGGGGUCUUAUACAGUGAAAUAUAAAAGUAAAUAAGAGAAUAGAUACAAAAAUCUAUAGUAUUAUAAUAUGAUUGUUGGAUUAGGAUAUGCAUUUUAUUUACAUAAUAUUGGAAUGAUGUUUUAGAUGGCUGUAAUAGUUAGUUUUUAUAUGUUCUAAAAAGUAAUAAAUAAAAAUAUAUUAAAGAUUUGUUAUAAAAUGAAAUAUUUCAUAAUAAUAUUAUGGAGUUUUGCAUUAAUGACAUUAUGGUUAAAUGAAAAAUUUUAAGGAUAUUAAUUUAGAAUGAUUUCUGAAUCAUUAUAAUUUUUAGAUGGAUUUAGAAAUAAGAAUUAACUAGUAAGUUGGAAUCUAGUAUUUAAUAUGAUUUUGUUAAGAAUAAUAAGUUUUUCAAUUGAUAAGGUAUGGGCAUCAUAAUAAACUAAAAAUAAUAACAAUUAAAUUCAUAAUGAGAAAUAGAAUUAAGUAAAGACUUAUAGAGAUCGUGUAGAAGAGAAUUAACCUAUAGAAGAAUAUAAUUUUGUUGGUUAUCUUAGUUUUUUAUUUUAUGUGCCUCUUCUCUUUUCAGGACCAUCAAUGGGAUAUAAUGCAUUUAAUUCUUAACUAAAAACACCUUAAUAAAGUAUGAAUAGAAGUUAAGUAUUAAAAUACAUUCUUAGAGUAUAUCUUUUAGACUUUUUAACUUUUGAAGUAUUUUUACAUGUAUGUUAUCCAAAUGCAAUACCAAAAUUAGCAUAAAAUUUUCAUAUUUUAUAAAAUUUUAGUGCAUAUGAAUUUCAUAUUAUGUGUGUAAUGAAUUUAAUAUUUUUAUGGUACAAAUUUUUAACAAUAUGGAGAAUUGCAAGAGGAUGGGCUCUAUUAGAUGGUAAUAAUUGUUAAUAUAUUAAUUAUAGGUAUUGAAACACCUGAAAAUAUGAAUAGAUGUUUAUAUAACAGUUAUAAUUUUAGUGGAUUUUGGAGAUCAUGGCAUAGAAGUUUUAAUUAAUGGUUAAUUAGAUAUAUCUAUGUACCAUUAGGAGGUACUAAAUAUAAAUCAUUAAAUAUGUGGGUUGUAUUUUCAUUUGUAGCCUUAUGGCAUGAUUUUAAAUUAGAUUUAUUAUUAUGGGCAUGGAUUAUAUGUUUAGCAUUAAUUCCUGAAAUUGCAUUAAUAAAAUAUUUUGAUAAAGAAUUCUUUUAUAAAAAAUGGUGGUUUGUUUACUUAUGUUAAUUAGGAGGAGGAUUUUAAAUAUAAAUGAUGUGUUUAGCCAAUUUAAUUGGUUUUGGAAAUGGAUAUGAAGGAAUGACUUUUGUUUUCUAUAAAUUUAUGAGUUUAGAAGGCUUAAUUUGUUUUCUCUUCUAUUGUAUUGUUAGAAAUGGAUGGAUAACCACCAUUCAAUUCAGAAUCAGAGAUGAUGAAAAUGCUGAAUCAAAUGAUAAACGAUUUUGA